AUGAGCACUUUAUCACUUUCGAACUUGUUUGAGAUCGCCGGUAGACAGGCAGUGGUCACCGGUGCAGGGUCAGGAAUAGGGCAAAUGAUUACUCAGGGGUUCAUAGCCAAUGGGGUUCAUGUAGCCGCUGUAGACCUUUACCAAGAUCGAUUGAACGAAACUGUAGCGCUUUGCAAGAAACUAAAAUUGAAAACAGAUUCCGAUGCAAAGUUGACAACCUUAUGCUACGAUAUUGGUGAUCAAGCAUCCAACAAAGCUUUGGUUGAUAAGCUCAAUACGGAAUACGAAGAAAUUGAUAUUCUUAUCAAUUGUGCGGGUAUUAGGAUUCAGAACCCAAAAACAUUUCAUCCGGGUGAUAGUCUUGAUGACUUAUCGGAUGCUGCAAAUUCCAUCCAGUGGCGUGACUUCCAGAAGACCUUCGAUAUCAACGUUAUCGGUAUGUAUUUUCUCACAACAGGCUUGAUUAAAAAACUCGGAAAAGCUGCAGAAAAGGGUGAUGGAAGGGGGUCAGUUGUCUGUUUCUCAUCUCCUGCAUCUGUUCACACAAACCAAUUUGUCCCCACUUACCAAUUAUCUAAAGCUGCUAUUGAUCACAUGGUUCGGAUUAUGGCAGCUGAGUUUGCUGACAAAUAUAUUCGGGUGAACGCAAUCUCGCCUGGCUUAUAUGAAAGCAGAAUGACUCCAAUGUCCACCGAUGAUCCCACAUCAAAUAUCAGGUACGUUCACUUGGUCCCUGCUCGUAGAGCCGGUACACAAGAAGAAAUGGUAGCAACAGUUUUGUGGCUAUGCUCCAAAGGUGGAGCCUACAUGGAUGGAAGAAAUAUCAGGAUGGACGGCGGCCGGCUGCUAACAUUAAAAGGUCACCUUUAUAGUGAUGAAUAA